UGUGAGAACAAGCGGAACGGCGGUCAACGAGCGCGAGUGUCCCGGGCGUGGACGAUGCCCGAAGGGCAAUCGCGUGAGGUAGGUACAUCGAAAACUACGGUUUAUAUACCCUGACCUCCCUUAUCUUCAUUCAGGAACUAUCUCGGCCGAGCUUGCGAGCUCGUGCCUAAACGCAUGUUCCAACACACUCCCCCGAGCGAAGCAAGCGAGUGCUCACGCGCACUCCCCGCAGUUCGACAUCCGGCACUCCCCCAAGCUCAAAUCCUCGUCUUCUCGCAGUCAUCCAGCUCCGGCACCCAUUCCAACACUCCGACAUCCGGCCGAUACGUGCCCUCAGCGGGCGGUUCGGUACCCUCGGCGGGCGGUUCAACGGUUCGACAACGGUUCGACGACGAUGCCCUCAGCGGCGGGCAAUGCGACGGUUCGGCGGUUCAGCGGUGGACAGCUUUGGCCCUGUCCCGGGCGGUUCGGUUCAGUUCAGCGGGUCGAUCGUACGACGUGCGGCGGCAGUGGCGCGCGUGCGGCGUUCAACGGCGG